AGAGAGAGAGAGAGAGAGAGAGAGAGAGAGAGAGAGAGAGGUUUGUAAGGAAGAGGAAGGUUGAUGGCGUCGGUGGUACACAAUGCCCGACAGUUGUUGGCUAUGGCGCAAAUGCAGGGCAAUCGGAAUUCUCUGCAGCUGUCGGGAUCUGGGCAGGGAGUGCGGGGAGACACUAUGAUCCAGAUAGGCGGGUACACGUCAUCUGAAAGUGUUACGGUUUCGGCGAAGCGUGCAGGUUCUCAGUCUGCGGUUGGGUUGUCUCACCCCGAACUACGGACGCUGACCCUUUCAUUGUCAAGCCUGCGAUGGCCAUUCGCGCCGGCGAACUUGGGGCGCUUGCCGAUAUACUCCUUCCCAUCUCUUUCCCCGACCUUGGCAUCCAUGUCAUCCUCCCUUUUCAUGCCUGCUGCCGGGUUAUCAGGGCUGUCAGGAGGGCUUUGCGGUAAUAGGAUUGCUGCAGGAGAAGCAUCAGGAGCAGGAGCAGGAGCAGGAGGUGGAGGUGGAGGUGGAGCAGCAGGCAUAAGCCGGCGGAGAGCAGGAUUAGUAAGACGAGUCAUCGGCGGCGGCGGCGGCGGCGGAUCAGGUGGCGGAGGAGGAAGGGGAGGCGCAGCGGGGGGUAUACGGCGGGAAGCGGGAUUAGUACGACGAGUCAGCGGCGGCGGCGGCGGCAGCGGCGGCGGAGGAGGAGGCUUAAGUCAGGGAGCGGGAGUAGUACGACCUGUCAGCGCUGCUGGUGCCGAUGACGGCGGCGGUGGCAUAGGAGUAGGUGGAGCAGGAGGAGCAGGAGGAGGAGGAGGAGUGGUUUCCUUGAGCUAUAGCACUAAUAGUAGGGAUAAGGUUUUGGCGGCCAUUUUCUAUGGCUUGAUUUCCAUGUCCAUCACCUUAUUUAAUCGCGCUGUUUUCGCCGUGUAUCGUUUUAACUUCCCCUUGACCGUGAGCACGAUCCAAAUUCUUGUCUCGCUUUUUUUUAUUUUCUGUCUGCAAUCGUUAAACGUGAUUGAGAAGACCGAGAUCCGCGUAAGUACGAUGAAAAAGAUCUUCCCGCUCACUCUCUGCUGGUGGCUUUAUGUUGUCAGCGGCGUCACUGCUCUUCGCUAUCUUAAUGUGCCUAUGUAUAGUGUGUUGCGUCGAUCGACGACACUUGUCGUUAUGCUAGGCGAGUUGAUCAUGUUCGGGAAGAGACCAACUCGCGCCUCUGCCUUGUCGAUUGUCACUAUCACAGCUGGCGCUGCCAUCGCUGGCGUAACCGAUUUGACAUUCAAUCUGAAAGGGUACUUGUGUGUUCUGGUCUGCGUGAUUAGUACAGCCGCGUACCUUAUGAUGAUUAGGAUAUGUAAGGAUAAGGCUGGUCUAUCAGAUAUGGGAAUGUUGUGUUAUAACAAUUGCCUCUCGCUUCCAAUCAUGCUCUUGUGUUUGCACUUGUCGGGAGAGAAGGCGGGAGUUUUGGCGUUUGCAAGGCUCCUGGAGCCGAGAUUUUUGGCGUUUCUGUUGUUUUCGUCGUCGCAGGCGUUUCUGCUCAACCUUGCAAUAUUCCACUGCACAACAGUCAACUCGCCGCUGACGACAAGUGUGACAGGACAGGUGAAGGACAUAGCGACCACGGUUUUAGGGUUUUUCCUGUUCGGGGAUGUGAUUCCUGGGAAGAUGAAUACGCUAGGAGUGCUCAUCGGGCUCGUUCAGGCGAAGUUUCAGGCGAAGUUUCUGAUUCUGGCGAAGUUUCUGGCGUCUGACGAAGUUUCUGUCCUGACGAGGUUUCUGACGAAGUUUCUGGCGAAGUUUCUGACUCUGACGAAGUUUCUGACUCUGUCGAAGUUUCUGACUCUGGCGAAGUUUCUGACUCUGGCGAAGUUUCUGACGUCUGACGAAGUUUCUGACGAAGUUUCUGACGAAGUUUCUGGCGAAGUUUCUGGCGAAGUUUCUUACCUUCUUGCGAGCUAUAUCCGUCCGUGAUCCGAUUUGCCUCAAUUAACGCAGAUCCCAAAUCAAACGAAAUAAAAAAG